AUGGCCCCUCCACCGCCAGCCAACCUCCCGCUGGGACAGCGCCUCGCCGCUCUCGCGCAAACACUGCAGUUUGCGUGGUUUGCCGGACACGUGACACUCCUGCUCGCUACUCUGCGUUACAGCCUGAGCUACAUCACCUUCAACUACUAUUCGAGAUGGGCUAGCUUCUCCUACCGCGUCGCCUUCCUCUCCGCGUGCGUCACAUAUGGUAUUGUCGUCUACAAGGCAUACCGCGCACGCAUGAGGACCGGCAAGCAGGGCGGAAUCCUGACUCUCGCAACCGACGAGAAUGUGCAGUACCUGGUCAUGGCACUUAUCUGGCUCUUCUCCCGCCAGAUCCCGCUUGCCGUCACGCCCUUUGCGGUCUACUCCGUCUUCCACGUCGCUACUUACGUGCGCUCCAACCUGCUGCCUACCAUCCAGCCACCUCCCGCCUCCGCCGCCGCUGGCUCCAAGCCCCCAGCGUCGGGCGCCUCUGAGGCCAUUGGCAAGUUCGUUAAGGAGUACUACGAUGGCAGCAUGACGCUUGUCGCCCUGCUCGAGAUCGCGCUCUGGUUCCGCGUCGUCGGCUCCGCGCUGCUCUUCCAGAAGGGCAGCUGGAUCCUGCUCGGCGUCUACACCGUCUUCUUCCGCGCCCGCGUCGCGCAGAGCAGCUUCGUCCAGGAGGCGAUUCACUCGCUGACUGCACGCAUUGAUGCGCAGCUGGCUAACCAGAGCACACCCCCCGCGGCCCGCAAUGCGUGGGGCACGUUCAAGGGUAUCAUCCGCCAGGCGGGUGAUGCGACUGACAUUCGCAAGUAUGUUGGUGGCCAGCAGGGCGCGCCCAAGAAGGCGCAGUAA